UGAGGAAGCUGAUGUGUUAUUCCUGCUCUGCAUCGAAGGAUCAGGAAGUUUGUACUCUCUGCGUGGCUGAGAAGUUUUUCACCUACUAGUACCGGACUGGGGUAAGGAGGGAAACAGGUGCCCUCCAAAAAUAGAGUGCGAACUGCAGCCUACGUCCCACUGCAGCCCCGGAGCAACGUCAGAUUUUUCACAUCUCUCCAUAAACAAGGUGAGAAUGACCACAUUAACUCACCGGACCCGUCGAACUGAAGUCAGUAAGAGCUCUGAAAAGAAAGUAGAAAGCGAGGAAGACACGAAUCAAGAAAGGAGUCCAGAUAAUGAAGACCCUGGAGACUCUAAGGAUAUCCGCCUCACUCUUAUGGAAGAAGUAUUGCUCCUAGGACUAAAAGAUAAAGAGGGCUACACAUCUUUCUGGAAUGAUUGUAUAUCCUCUGGGCUUCGAGGAGGCAUCUUGAUAGAGCUGGCCAUGCGGGGUCGAAUCUAUCUGGAACCUCCCACCAUGCGUAAGAAGCGACUCCUAGACAGAAAGGUCCUGCUAAAGUCAGACAACCCAACAGGUGAUGUUUUGCUGGAUGAAACUCUCAAACACAUCAAAGCAACUGAGCCAACAGAAACUGUCCAGACAUGGAUAGAGCUACUCACUGGUGAGACGUGGAACCCCUUCAAAUUACAGUACCAGCUUAGAAAUGUGCGCGAGCGGAUUGCCAAGAAUCUGGUGGAGAAGGGUAUUCUCACCACAGAGAAGCAGAACUUCCUGCUGUUCGACAUGACCACUCACCCAGUGACCAACACAACAGAGAAACAGCGACUAGUAAAAAAACUCCAAGACAGUGUGCUAGAACGGUGGGUGAACGACCCUCAGCGCAUGGACAGGCGAACACUGGCACUCCUGGUUCUGGCGCAUUCCUCUGACGUGCUAGAGAAUGUCUUCUCCUGUCUGACAGAUGACAAGUACGAUGUGGCGAUGAAUCGCACCAAGGACCUUGUAGAACUGGACCCCGAAGUGGAAGGGACAAAGCAUAACGCCACAGAGAUGAUCUGGGCUGUGCUGGCAGCCUUCAACAAAUCCUAGAGCCAGCAAGCUGCUGACUUCAGAGACCCCAUCACUGAGCUUUGUGUAAUAAGAUAUCGUCAUCAUUAUUUCCUCUAUUUUGAAUCAGGCCCAUGACUUGGGGAGGACAACCUCGGGGCCUCUUCAUGGGCCACGACCAUUCUAAGCAGACAGUUUUCUCCUCGUACUUCCAUUCUAC